AUGGCGGCGGGGGCCGGCAACGCGCUGAGCCCGCGGGGAUUUCGGGGUCUCACCUGGAAAGCCGAGCGUCAGCCCUCGUCUCCGGAGAGAGCCGUCGCGCUGCUGUACGUGCUUCUGGCCCUCGUCUUCGUGCUCUUCAUGGCCCUCGCUAUCGUGAAUCUCCAGAGAGUAUCCGCAGCGUGGGAGGCGUUGGAACAAGCCCGGACGCAGAGCGAGAACAGCCACACGACGGCGUGGCACAACCUCUCAGAAGUCCAGCACGCCCUCGAUAAACAGCUCUCUGGCGAGCUCAAGGCGAUUCAUGGCCAACUUCUGAACGUGUCACAAGAAGUGGAGAACAUGCGGUGGAAGAUGACACGGUACGAAGCGGAGGGCGGGACGGAGCUGUCAGAUCGCCUCCGUGUCCUGGAGGAAAGGGACACGCUGCUGCGGCGGCAGCUGGCGGAGGUGAAGCAGGAGCAGAGCCGCGCGUCGGCGCUCCUCGACGCGGCGCUGGAGGGGACGCGCAACCUCUCAGAAUUUCUCUGCACGCGUUGUCCCGCCGGCUGGCAGCAGUUCUCCAAAACCUGCUAUUUCUUUUCCACCAACAACAAACCCUGGCUGGCUGCUAAAGACUUUUGCACCAGCUUCAACGCCCAUCUGGCCAUCGUCGACACCGAGCAGGAAAACAAAUUUCUGGCAAAUCACGUCAUGGAGAAUCGGGUGUUCUGGCUGGGCCUGACCGACAUGCACAAAGAAGGCGACUGGCAGUGGGUGAACGGCCGCUCCCUCUCUCUCUCGUUCUGGAAUAGCGGUGAACCCAACAACGUGGGCCACCACGGCGAGGACUGUGUCACCAUCUACUCCAGCGGCCGCUGGAACGACGCUACCUGUUCCAACAACGAGGCCUGGAUCUGCGAACGCAGCUGCUAA